UCCUCCUCCUCCUUCUCCUCCUCCUCUCAGGCUGUGGUUUUUCUGUAUAUGUUUCUGGAGUCCUGAGCCUGGGCUAAACAAAAGCAGGAGGCUGACGGGGCUGCUGGAGUUUGCAGAGACACGGAGGAGAGAGCUUGGGUUUUGCCUGACGCCACGGCUGGGGGAGAUCUGGCUUCUGCUACAGCCCACCCCCUUUGAGAUCACUCUGGCCCGGAGUGGGGGUGGGGGGCAGCGGGGGGUGGGGGGGAAAGUUUGCAUUGCAAUCCCCCUGCCUUCCUUUCCUUUCUCCCGAUCAAUGCAUAUUUGCAAAAGGAUUAAGCCACAGAUUUAAGCGCCGGGAGCCCAUUUCUGCCUUGCAAAGGAGAUCGGACUGAAAAACCAAAGGCAGCUCUGAUUUCUUUUCGCCAAGUGGGAAGGUGGUUUAUUUUUCUUGCUUUUUUGGAGUCAACACCCUUCCCCACCAGCCCUUAUCCCCACCCUCACCCCGCAACCCCUUCACGCCCCCCUCCCCCUCCCCAUCCUCCCACCAUCCUCUAAAGAGGCAAAGAGAUUUUUUUCCCCCCUUUUGGUCUUUUUUUUUUUUUUUAAACCCCGGUCCCUGUUUAUCCUGAAAAGGAUUUGAAGACAGCUUGAAGGAUAAAAAGCCUCGGUGCUUCCCAGGCGCCGAGCCGAGGAGCCGAAGAGGAAGAGCCGGGGCUGCCGGAGCCUUUGGAGAUGGACGAGCAGCCGAGGCUGAUGCAUUCCCACGCUGGGGUCGGGAUGGCCGGACACCCCGGCCUGUCCCAGCACUUGCAGGAUGGGGCCGGAGGGACCGAGGGGGAGGGCGGGAGGAAGCAGGACAUCGGGGACAUUUUACAGCAAAUUAUGACCAUCACAGACCAGAGUUUGGAUGAAGCGCAGGCCAGAAAACAUGCUUUAAACUGCCACAGAAUGAAGCCCGCCUUGUUUAAUGUGUUGUGUGAAAUCAAAGAAAAAACAGUUUUGAGUAUUCGGGGAGCCCAAGAAGAGGAGCCCACAGACCCCCAGCUGAUGCGACUGGACAAUAUGCUGCUAGCGGAGGGGGUGGCAGGACCCGAGAAGGGCGGAGGCUCAGCAGCGGCAGCAGCAGCAGCGGCAGCUUCAGGGGGCGCAGGUUCAGACAACUCGGUGGAGCAUUCCGAUUACAGAGCCAAACUGUCACAGAUCAGACAAAUCUACCACACAGAGCUGGAGAAGUAUGAGCAGGCAUGCAAUGAAUUCACCACCCACGUGAUGAACCUCCUUCGAGAGCAAAGCAGGACCAGGCCCAUCUCCCCGAAGGAAAUUGAGCGGAUGGUCAGCAUCAUCCACCGCAAAUUCAGCUCCAUCCAGAUGCAGCUCAAGCAGAGCACGUGUGAGGCAGUCAUGAUCCUGCGCUCCCGGUUUCUGGAUGCAAGGCGGAAGAGACGGAAUUUCAACAAGCAAGCCACAGAAAUCCUGAAUGAAUAUUUCUAUUCCCAUCUCAGCAACCCUUACCCCAGUGAGGAAGCCAAAGAGGAAUUAGCCAAGAAGUGUGGCAUCACAGUCUCCCAGGUAUCAAACUGGUUUGGAAAUAAGCGAAUCCGGUACAAGAAGAACAUAGGUAAAUUUCAAGAGGAAGCCAAUAUUUAUGCUGCCAAAACGGCUGUCACUGCCACCAAUGUGUCAGCCCAUGGAAGCCAAGCUAACUCGCCCUCCACUCCCAACUCAGCGGGUUCUUCCAGUUCUUUUAACAUGUCAAACUCUGGAGAUUUGUUCAUGAGCGUGCAGUCACUCAAUGGGGAUUCUUACCAAGGGGCCCAGGUUGGAGCCAACGUGCAAUCACAGGUGGAUACCCUUCGCCAUGUUAUCAGCCAGACAGGAGGAUACAGUGACGGACUCGCAGCCAGUCAGAUGUACAGUCCGCAGGGCAUCAGUGCUAAUGGAGGUUGGCAGGAUGCUACUACCCCUUCAUCAGUGACCUCCCCUACAGAAGGCCCUGGCAGUGUUCACUCUGACACCUCCAACUGAUCUCCCAGCAAUCGCAUCCCGGCUGACCCUGUGCCGCAGUUGGGGCAGGGGCAGGAGGGAGGGUUUCUCUCCCAACGCUGAAGCGGUCAGACUGGAGGUCGAAGCAAUCAGCAAACACAAUAAGAGUCUCCUUCUCUUCUCUUCUUUGGGAUGCUAUUUCAGCCAAUCUGGACACUUCUUUAUACUCUCUUCCCUUUUUUUCUGGGUAGAAGCCACCCUCCCCUGCCUCCAGCUCUCAGACUGCUUUCUGUCAUCUUCCCUGGCCCUAUUCUCUGUUCUACUCACUGGGUUCCUGCCCUCUAUUAUAUCACUGAAGGAUAUUUUCAACAAUUAGAGGAAUUUAAAAAGGAAAAAAACAGAUUACAAAGAAAACAAUAAAACGUAUUUGUAUGUUUUCAUGCUGGUGGUUUGAGGAGCCAAAUUUACCUCACUCAGAGCCCUCAUCCCUAUGUUGACAGGCAACCCUUCUGUCUCUCUUGUUACUCUCACUACCUCUUAGCAGGAAUACACCACACUACCCUACUCAUUCCAGGCCACCCUGUCUCUGUUUAUCCUUUCUUUCUGGGAACAAUCUGAUUUCUUCCUCUUCUUUCUGGUCCCAGGUAUUUGUUGGGGACAGCCACAGCUGAACUCCUAAAGGUGCCACAUGUCCCAAUGUCACUCUAUCAGGUUGAGCCCCAGGAGGGGAGGGCACAAGGAACAGCAAGGACAGGAUUCCUACCAGCUUUCUCAUCCUUUUAGAAACAGCUCUUGGUCUCAGAGGUCUGCAGAGACCAUUCAACACUUAGGCAGCAAUGUUCAGGACCUUAUGCAAGUGGGGUCUUGAGUGUGGUAUCCUGUUGGGCACAUCUGUAAAGAGUGAUGGUGUCUCAUCCUGUAAGGCUUCACUGUUCCUUCUUAGACAUACACACAUACAUAACACACAAGUGGACAAAUGCUCAACCUGAUACCUUUGCUUGGUUGGAUGCUACUAUCCUUCCAUCAAUGACCUCCCCUAUGGAGGGCCCCAGCAGUGUUCACUCGGACACCUCCCAUUGAUCUCCCAGCAAUCUCAUCUUGUGCAAAUGCAUACAUUAGCAAUCAUAGUACUCUAGCUGGUGAGCCUGAGAGAGAAGCAAUAUGUGCCUGGGUCUUCUAGGACCCACCAGCAUGCAUUUACCACCGUGCCAUGCACAGGGCAUUAUUGGCAUACAGGCCAGGUUUCAAGUAUAAACAGCUUUCAUUCCCACCACCUCUGGAGCUCUCAGGGAGCCAUAUACAGGACUUCCAAUGUCUAUGAUGGAUUUGGCUGCUCUUUCUGUGUUUUUAUUAUAUUAUCUUUUCAAAACAUUAUAGUACACUGUGGUCUUGAUCCUGGCUUCUUCCUCUGGAGGAGAGAGUGGUCUAGUAUGUGGUUCAGAUGAACUUUUAGUAACUAAUUUGGUGGCAUCAGAACCAUAGAGUAAGAGUGAUAGGCUUUGUCAUUUUUGUUGUUGUUGCUGCUGUUAAAAUAAUCACAUUGAUCUGUAUACCAUGUGAUUGAAAGGAAAUAACAUUUACUAGAAAGGUUGUCUUCUUGCUUUUGACAUGAGUUUAAAUUCCCCAGUCAUCUCUGCCAGCCAUAAAGAUGCUAGCUUUGCCAGUAAAUUAAGUGGUAUGUGGUAAGUGGAUAGCUUUGGGGCCUCAUGCCCUUCAUCUGCAAAAUGGGAAUUGUUAUGCUUGGCUCCCCAAGAGGCUUAUAAGAAAUCCAAGAAACUGGCUAGGUUUAUAUUUAAUCUCUAGGUCUCAUGGUCAAGAAGAGUGAUGCCCUUGUGAUGAACUGUUUCAUGCUAGGUCAGAACCAUACAUGGUUUUCUUGUUCUAACUUCUGCUUGUCAUCUUGAUGUCAUUACCAUAAUGACAAAGCAUUGUUUUAGAGGCUUUCUGCUCUGAUUUGGUUUUGGUCUAUUAGUCUUAGGAUAGAAAAGAGAUUUGAAACCAAAAGAGUAGAACUUGGUUUUAUUAGUUUCUACUUGAAUCCAGUAUGUAUCCUUGCAAGUCCUUGUUCCUAUCACAACUCUUCUCUUUCAAGAAGUACAGCGGCUUGAGGGCUAAGACACCACCCAAUAAAAUCACUCAAUUCCACAUGGCCCUGCAAUGAUAUGUAGGAACAUCCUUCAUGUGUAUUGGGAGGAGUAGGGCAUGUAUCCUGGGAAAUGGGGAGGGGAGCAUGAGUAUUUUAAGAUAAUGCAGAAAGCAAUUAUUUGGCAAGUGAAAUUUUGUCUAACUGAUCCAGGUCACUAGAAAGAUGGUCAACUAACAUGUGCUAUGCUCAGAACGGGGUGUGUAGAAGGGACAUCAUCACAAGUCUACAUAGUGAGGAGAACCAGUGAUCUUUGUCUUUGUGGCAGGAAUAUAUUGAAAUGACUCAUACAAACAUGGUUAGAUCACAUCAUUUAAUAUAGAGCAAAUUAUAAGAGUUACUGAAGAGUUCUCUUGGAAGCAAGAAUGUCUCCAGAUCUGGACCUGAACACAUGAAGGGAAUGAGUAGAACAUGGGAAAGCAUGGAUGCCUUCACACAGACAGCUUCUCUUCAGGCAGGAGUAGCCCCAACCAGCACUUCACUCGGCCUCCUUUAGGUCUAACACUUAGCCCAUAGCCUGUUCUCCUUGUCCACUAUCACCUCCAACAUGGCAGCCCCCAGAUCUCUGUUGUCAAGCAAGGCUAGAGAAAACUGGCAGCCUCCAGAUAGGAGUGGGAAGGGUGUGCCCCUAGAAUCUCAGCUCAAUCUCUAAAAAACCAUACCCCCAAGAUUCCUUCAUAUUCUAAGUACAAAUGGGAAUGCUCCAUUUUCCACAACAGCAGUUUUCUCCUGAGAAAUGGUCAUAGACCUUGGAUUUGUCACCGUGUGUUACAUUUUACUGCCUUUUCCUCUUCUUCCCACUGGAGUCCUUCCUGGGCCACAGGUUAGCCUACUGGCACCUUCCUUCCACUUCUUUCCCUAUGGUAGUGGUACUGUAUUAUUAUUAAUUUUUUGGUUGCCUUUUCCCACACCUAUCUUCACCUCUUUCCUUCUAUCUUUAUUUUUCUGCCCAGAAAAACCUGACUUCGAUACCAAAAAAAGAUAAAACUACAGAAACUCAAAUUUAAAAAAAAACUUAGGAAAAAAGCAAAAAAAAAAAAAAAAAAAACAAUUCUUUCAGCUUUAUUAACAUUUUCCAUCGUUUCUUGCGACUUGUGUCUUGUUCUUUGUAGUAUUGAUGAUGAACAUUUGAUAAUGAAUGUUCUUGUAUAUUCAGAUAAAGGAAAAAAAACCAAAAAAGCGGUCUGAAUUUAAUAGUGUUUAUAAUAAAAAUUUUAAAAAUGACCCUCAUAGCACGCAAAACAGGAAGGGGAAGCUUCCCUUCUUUCUGUGACGAGAUACAUCAUUCCUGCAUUAGUUUUUAACACCAAACUACCUAUGUUCCUCAUUUCCCCUGCCGUUUUUCCUUUUAUUUUCUUGCAUUUGUGAAUUAGUUCAAGAAUGCUAGAAAAGUGUCAAGUUGUGUACAUCCAUUUCUUUCACAAUGUUUAAAAGUGACCGUAAUUCAUUUUGUAAGCUAAAAAAAAAUAGGAAAAAAAGAAAAAAAAAAAUAAGGUUGGAAUAGUGAACAUAAUAGGUACAACCUAACCCUUAUGUUUAUUAAUUUUGAGACCCAGAAAUAAAUUCUUUUCCUUUCUUUAUUCCUGCUCUUAAAAAUACAAAAAAAAAAAGUUUUAUUUUGUGUUAUUUUGGUUUUGUUUAUUUUGAGGGGGUGCUUUUUUUCACUGUCAGGGUUGUGGGUCUUGCCGGUUUUAUUCUUUAGUAUGUAUACAAGGUGAUGUGAAAAGGGGUCCCUGGUAGAUGAGGCUCCUUCCUUGUUCUGCUUUGCUUCAGUCAAUGUCAAAAGCAGUGGUAAAGCCCAUGACCACAUGUCCUUGCUUUCUUGCAUGCCCAGGAUGUGUGGCACUCCUGUAACCCCCAAGAUAAUGAAGCAAGGACUUGCUUCCUUAAAAACUAACAGAGCCUGUCCUGGGGAUUUCUUAGACUAGAAGGAAAGACUUUUACCUUCAGUGAUUCUGAAUGUCUUUCUUUCUCCCUAAUUAAUGCCAACAGUCCAUGAAAAUGCUUCCAACAAGAGAAUUUUUCUCCUGGCAGAACUCCAUAGGAGGUACUGCCUUGGUAGGUACCACUACCAAGUAGAAUAGAUCCAGGAAGCAAGCCCCCAGGCACAUCCCCUUGGGAUCCAGAGUCCCCAGGUCUGGAUGGAGAGUUGUGAGAUGAGCCAGAGCCAAAGCUGCAGAUUAAGCUGGUUUCUGAUUCACUGAUGGUGCACUUGUAACUAACCUCCAGUUAGGUUAAUUGUUUAAAUUGCAAAGCAGGAUUCAUCAGAAAUUUGGUAUUAGUUAUAGGGCAAAAGAAAGCCACAUUGUUGGGCAGAUGUUCAGUUCUGAACGUCAUUCAUUCAAACAUUCAGGUGAUCAGGAAGCAGACAGAAUUCCGGGCAUAUACAUGAAGGGGAACAAAACAAAACAAAACAAAACAAACAAACAAAAAAUCAAGCCACUCAUAGUUGUGGAACUAUGCUGUGGGAAGCAUGUCCACCCGGAGGCAGCUCUUGCUUCUGUCGUGAGAAAUGAAAGGCAAUCUUUUCACAUCACCUUCGUGGUUUCCAGCCUAGCUCAAAGCUUUCUGGAAACAUAUUUUUUGUAAACUUUUUUUUUCCUUUUGUUAAAAUAAAUAAAACAUUGAAUGUUUCCCCCUCUUUCUAUUACGUCUUCCCACUGGGAGGUUCAUUCUGAAGUGUUUUCCUUUGGUUGUUGGUUUUUAUGCCCCCCCCCCCAUUUCUCUCUUUAUUAUUGAGAGUAUAGACCUGCAAAGUUCUACUCUGGUUUGGUUUUGAAAGCUUAAGCUUUUCUGCUUCUGCGAGAGCACAGGCUUCUGUCCCCUUUGAUUCAAGCUGAACUUUUGUGUUCUCUAAUGAUACUAACACGAUGUAGGUUUUACAGUCUCCUAAUUUGUACUGGUAAUGCAGAUUCCAAAUAAAUAGUUUCUUUUGUUGCAAAAUAUA